CCUUGGGCGCAGCCCUUCUAUUGGUUGUUCGUUAAAAGGCCCCAUGCUCUUACGAGGAGAAGCAGCCAAUCAGCAUGGCUUGGUCCCACGCAGCCUGUCUACGCUAGAUCGUGUCAGCGCUGUCCCUCGCGCAGCAUGCCGGGAAUUGUAGUCUAAUGAAGCAUUUCCUUCAACAAUGCAAUAGGAUCGAGAACUACUAGACCCAAGGAGCUGAGCUGAGCGCAGGCACAGCUUUUAGAACUAGUUCGCCUACCAUCUGGACUGAGAACCGGCAUCCCGGAGCAGUGCUCGGUGCCUCCUCCCUAUGCCACCCCCCAUGAUGCCCCUGUCCCGCUGGCUGAGAUCUGUGGGGGUCUUCCUGCUGCCAGCCCCCUGCUGGGUGCCCCUGGAGAGGUGGCUGGGUCCCUUUCGGCGGCCCUCCCUGGUGUACAGGGGCUCAGUCCUGGGGGCCUGGCACAGUGGCCGCUGCUGGUGCCAAGCGUGGACAGAGGAGCCUCGAGCACUUUACUCCUCCCUCAGAAUGAAUGGAGACCAGAAAUUGGAUGUUUAUGACCAAGAAAAGGAGAAGUUCCUCCAGCACUUCCCCCAGAUUGUCAGUGUGCUGACUGAAGAUGACAUGAAAUGUCCAGACACGGGAGAUGCUGUGGCCCGACUCCGGGAGGUCCUGGAGUACAAUGCCAUCGGAGGCAAGUACCAGCGGGGUUUGACGGUGCUGGUAACACUUAAGACGCUGGUGGAGCCGAGAGAGCUGGAUGCUGACAGUCUUCAGCGGGCCCUGACUGUGGGCUGGUGUGUGGAACUGCUCCAAGCCUUCUUCCUGGUGUCAGACGACAUCAUGGAUGCGUCCCUCACCCGACGGGGGAAGAGCUGCUGGUAUCAGAAGCCAGGCAUAGGUCUGGACGCUGUGAACGACGCAUUUCUUCUGGAAGCAUCUAUCUACCGACUGCUGAAGUUCUACUGCCGGGAGCAGCCCUAUUACCUGAACCUGAUGGAGCUCUUCCUGCAGAGUUCCUAUCAGACUGAGAUUGGACAGACCCUGGACCUGAUCACAGCCCCCAAGGGCAAUGUGGAUCUCAGCAGAUUCACUGAAAAGAGGUACAAAUCUAUCGUCAGGUACAAGACAGCUUUCUACUCCUUCUACCUCCCUGUAGCUGCAGCCAUGUACAUGGCGGGCAUCGACGGGGAGAAGGAGCACAGCAGUGCCAGGAAGAUCCUGCUGGAGAUUGGAGAGUUCUUUCAGAUUCAGGAUGACUACCUCGACCUCUUUGGGGACCCCAGUGUGACGGGCAAGAUUGGCACUGACAUCCAGGAGAACAAAUGCAGCUGGCUGGUGGUCCAGUGUCUGCUCCGGGCCUCUCCAGAGCAGCAGCAGAUCCUGCAGAAGAAUUACGGGCAGAAGGAGGCGGAGAAGGUGGCCCAGGUGACGGCGCUGUACAAGGAACUGGACCUGCCAGCCGUGUUCGCGCAGUACGAGCAGGACAGUUACAAUCGCCUGGUGGCUCUCAUCGAGCAGUGUGCCUCGCCUCUGCCCCCCGCCAUCUUCCUGAGGCUGGCACAGAAGAUCUACAAGCGGAAAAAGUGACCUCGAGGCUGCCAGGCCGGGGAGGGGGCGCCCAAUCAACCAGUCAGUCUGCUGACCUUCCACAGGCUCUUGGAAAGGGACAUGUACUGACUGCAGUUUUAGCUCUGGCUAAUCGAUAGAAACAAGAGUUAAGUUCCCACGACAUGUUUUUGGUCAAAAAAAACACCAAACUUCUAAAUAAAGACCCAGGACACUUUUAGUAUUAAACAUUGAAAUAAACGUGAGCUACACAUGCA